GUGCAGUCUAGACGCUCUCUUUCGAAAGAGGCUUGCAGUCUAGACAUAGCCUAGGAGGAACUCUGGUGAAUGGGCUAGGGCUAGAUUGCCUGGGAGACCACCAAAUAUUUAUCUUUAGGAAUAAUCAAAUUUCAGAUCAUCCAACAGAUUAACAUGAAUUAAUUUCAAUGUAAAUUCAUAGACAAAACAAACUAGGUCUCUGACCUUACAGUCAAAUCUAUGCAGGAAGACCUUUAGGAUCCAGUUGCAGGAUCAAGUCUGAGGCUUAUAACAUCUCCCUCCUUCGUACCUUUAUGAGCAGUUUUAAGUCUUUGCGCUAAAAGGGGUUUUCCUAUAUAGAUAUACCAGCAAAUCCUCUUAGUACAGGCAAAGUUUAUAUAAGCAAAAUGUUUCUUUUGCUGAUAUAUCUUCCACCAGUUAUCUGAACAAAAUAAGAUAUGCUGCUAUAGCUGUGUUUGUACUUUGGCUUUAGCUGUCAGGCUAUAUUGGGUUAGGAGUGUGACAACCCCCUCUCCUCUUCUGCUGUAAGGGACAUUGCUGUGCCAGCAAACUUUUCAAGUAUAGAUUAAGCCUCAAAGAACAAGGUGGGACUAGAAGGUAAAUUGUAAUUGAUGAAGAAAUGAUUAUAUUGUUAAUUAAUUUUUUCAGGGACAGCUAAAAGCUUCAGUAAAAAAUGAACCAAUGAUUGAGUACUGCCAGACUUUCUUAAUUCUAUGACAUCUGUGCCAAUGAUACCAGAAUCUUACAGCCAUGUACUGGCAGAAUUCGAAUGUUUGGAUCCAUUGCUUUCUGCACUCAGGUUGGAUUCCAGUCGUUUGAAGUGCACAUGUAUAGCCGUGUCUCGGAAAUGGCUGGCUCUGGGCAGUUCAGGAGGGGGACUAAACCUGAUUCAAAAAGAUGGCUGGAAACAAAGGCUGUUCCUCACUCAUAAGGAAGGUGCAAUUUCCCGGGUUGCCUGUUCUCUAUAUGAUGAAGAUUAUGUAGCUGUUGCCACCAGUUUUUCUUCACUAUUGGUAGAAAUGAUGGUCAUCUUCGAAAGACCAUUUCUCUUAAAUCCACCAGGGGGGAAGCCAGCAUGGAUUUAUGUUUCCACUGAGCACAAGGGCAAAAAAAUAACAGCUCUUUGUUGGGAUACAGCUACGCUUCGAGUUUUUGUAGGAGAUCAUGUGGGAAAAGUGUCUGCUAUCAAGAUUAACAUGUCUAAACAAGGAAAGGCAGCAGCUGCUUUUGUAAUGUUUCCAGUUCAAGUUAUAACCACUGUUGACUCACGUGUAGUUCAGCUUGAUUAUUUGGACGGAAGAUUGCUUAUUUCUUCACUUACUCGCUCUUACUUGUGCGAUACUGAGAGAGAAAAAUUCUGGAAAAUUGGUAACAAAGAAAGAGAUGGAGAAUACGGCGCCUGUUUUUUCCCAGUUGGAAGGAAUUGUGGGAACCAGCAGCCAUUAAUAUAUUGUGCACGUCCUGGGUCAAGGAUGUGGGAGGUGAACUUUGAAGGGGAGGUGCUAAGUACCCAUCAAUUCAAGCAGCUGCUGUCAUCACCUCCUCUCCCAGUUAUUACUCUAAGGAUGGAUCCUCAGUAUAAUACGUCUAUCUGCUCCUACCAGUCUUUGCCUUUCCCAAAACUGUUGUAUUUGACAGAGCAUUGUGUUAUGACAUGGACAGAAAGAGGAAUUUAUGUCUUCAUUCCUCAGAAUGUUCAAGUUUUACUUUGGAGUGAAGUAAAAGAUAUACAGGACAUAGCAGUGUACAGAAAUGAGUUAUUCUGUUUACAUACGAAUGGAAAAGUCUCGCACUUCUCUCUUCUGCUAGUGGAGCGCUGUGUAGAACGUCUGCUAAGAAGAGGUUUCUGGAGUCUUGGUGCCAGAGUCUGCUGUCUCUUCCAGAACUCUAUUAUUUCUUGCAGAGCAAGAAAAAUUUUGCCUCUAGACAGAUUAGAACACUUGAAAUCACAGCUGGACCUCUCAACCCAAAGUGAUGUCAUUAGCCAACUGGAAGAAUUGAUUUCAAAGCUGGAACCUUUAGAUUCUGCAUGCAGCAGCAGAAGGAGCAGUAUUUCAUCACAUGAAAGUUUCAGUGUCUUAGACUCUGGAAUUUAUCGUGUUAUUAGUCGAAGAGGCAGUCAGUCAGAUGAGGACUCUUGUUCCCUAAACAGCCAAACGCUGUCAGAAGAUGAGAGACUUAAAGAGUUUACUGCACACCAGGAAGAAGAGCAGGUGGAGCUUGACAACGUAUCUCAUGCUUCUGUGGUGGUUGAGACUGAUCGGAAUGAGACUUUUCUCCCAUUCAGUAUCCCAUUGUCAUUUCGUUCACCUUCUCCUCUGGUCUCCCUCCAGGCUGUCAAGGAAAGUGUUUCCAGCUUUGUACGCAAAACUACUGAAAAGAUUGGCACCCUUCAUAUGAAUCCUGACGUCAGAGUGAAACAGGAAAUGAAAGAGGAGGAAUCUCAUGAAGUGACUGCUAGUACAGCAGCAUGCUCCCAGGAUGAAGAUGAAAAUGAAGUAGAAGUAGUACAGAGCCAGCCUCAAGAAGAGGACCGACUAAGUGAUCUCAAGGUAGCGACAAUAGAAGCUAUAAACAAACUGCAAGAUCCACUGGUUUUGUUAGAACCACGGUGCCUGAGAGAAGUUUUGCAGGAGUGGUUUUUGUGUCUGGAAGAAACAUUUGGUUUCAAAGAGCCUUCCUUUUCAGAUGACUGCUUAUCCAUUAAGAAAGAUAAGAAUGUGCUUGCUGAAGAGCAGAGUGAGAUUUUAGAAGAAAAUACUGAACCAGAUCAGCACAGUGAAGAUCAUGUAGGCAAAGGACACACUGGUGUCUUGCAAGAAAAUACUGGACAGGAUCAAACUAACAAAGCUCAUUUUGGCAGAGAAGUACAUGAAAAUGACGCUGACUCGAAGGGAGCCUCAGGCCAUGUUUUUCAAGUGUAUCCUCCAUGUCUCAUAGCACAGGAUAUCCAAAAGGAUCUAGUAGAGUUGACAACUUUAUGUUUUGAAUUAAAUGUGUUUGCUUGCAAGGAAGGGAAUGCAAAAGAAAGUUCCGAACAAGAUUUGCAGCUAACAAUCUCAUGGGUCCUGGCUUGUCAGUUUAUAAAGGACUAUUUCUUUCUUUUGGAUUUAAAAAGACUGAAGCGAUGUAUAACAAUCAAUUACGCGAACAGUCCCGGUGUUUGGGAAACUUACAUUGAAGGAUUGAAAGAAUUGACCCAUGCUAGUCCAGUGAUUUUGGCAAUGAAAAAUGGAGAUAUGUUGAAAAUACUAAAACUGUUAAAUGACUUGGGGCCAUGGGAUAGUCCUCUGUUAUUGGCACAUGCCCAAAGGCUCUAUGAAAAGUUUGGGGAAACAGCUGUAAGGCCCUUGAUCAAGUUCUAUCCAUCAAUCUUGCCCUCGGACAUCAUGCAGCUUUGUAGACAUCACCCUGCCCACUUUUUAGCAUAUUUAGACAGUCUCAUUAAAUCAAAGCCUGAAGAUGAAAGGUCAUCCCUCCUUAGAUCUCUUCUUCAACCUGAAGCAUUACGACUGGAUUGGCUGUGUUUGGCUGUUUCCCAUGAUGCUCCACAAAGAACAAAUACAGUGGAUUCUGAAGGAAACCCUAGACCACGUUCCCAUUUCUUUACCUGGGGCUAUAGCCAACUGAUUUUGCUUCUAAUUAAACUCCCAGCUGAUUUUGUAACAAAAGAGAGGAUGGCUGAUAUCUGCAAAUCUUAUGGCUUCUGGCCUGGAUACCUCUCUGUGUGUUUGGAACUGGAUAGAAGAAUAGAAGCCUUUACUAAUAUUGUUCAUUUGGAUGAUAUGAAUCUGUUGGAUGGAGAACAUGGUUUGAUUCCAGAGACCUUGGAAGAAUGGAAGUUCCUUCUCCACCUUGCUCACAGUCACAGCACAGAUUUCCACUAUCAUGGUGCACAGAAUGGCAGUGCUAUCACCAAUGGUAGCGCUAACUGGUCAAAUUGCAUUACUGUUGAAAACAUAGCUCUUCUGUUGGCUAAGGUUAUAGGCCCAGAUCAUGCCUUGCCAAUACUGCAGGAGUGUGGUUUGACAGCUGAAUUGUCCGAGAGAUUUACCAAGAUCUGUGAAAUACUGAGAAUUGCUGAAAAAAGGCAAAGAGCCCUGAUACAGUCCAUGCUGGAAAGGUGUGACCGUUUUCUCUGGUCUCAGCAGGCAUAGGAAAUAUCCAGGAGCCAUUGAAAUGAAGUUGUGUAUUGUGCAUAUUCUACAUGUAAAGUGCCUCUUAAGCUUUAUAAAGAAACCUUUUAAAGAAACAAACUCUUGGCGACAAAAUAAUGUAUUCAGACAUACAGCAUGAAAAUAGCACCUAAAUAGGGUUUUCUUCCACAGUUCGUCUUAAAUCCUUUAAAACAGGUUUUAGAAAUUGUUAGAUUGAUUUCAGCAUAAACAUUGGAGUAUUUCAAGACCACAAAUGUCUGACAAACUUGGGGGGGAAGAGGGAUUACAAUACAAAUUAAAAGGGCUGAAUGAAUUUGCCAGUAACUCUGUAUGAAUUAAAACAGUUAAAGGUACAGUCCUUUGAACAUUAAAUUAUUCAGAUGAAUAAUUUGAUUAAUUAAAAAUCAUUUAAGAUAUUGGGUUUUGUCUUUAGGAACUUGUGUAGGUUGGUCAAGAUGUAAUCUUUAUGAUGAUUAAUUCUGUGUAUAUUGCAAGCAUAGCAGACCCCUUUGCCAAACAUUCACAUUAUCCCUCCUGACAUCUGCUUUUGCAAAUAGCUGCAGAGAACACAUGCAAGAAUGCGGAUUUUCCCUUAAUUGUACAGACUAUCUACUCUUUUGAUCUAUUUCUUUAAGUAGCAACAUUUUUAUCUAUAAGAUCUAUGUAAAAUAAUGUUAUGUUGUAUUAAUUAUAUACUGAAAUUUGCAUUAUCUCUUCAAAAUGCUAAUUUAAGACUACUGAAAAAAUGUGUCAACACAGCAUUCCUAAAUUGCACAAAUCUGUCAUGUGGUCAUCUUCAGAUGAUUGGUAAGAUCAUUUGUUUAGAUCCAUGUAGAAGACAAUAUUUUGUUACUGCUUUUUGGUAGAAAUGAUGUAACUGCAUAACUUUUUAUCUAAAACUGCCUUUUAAAAAGCUGAUUAAUACUAAUGUAUCUUUAAAGGGAGACUGUCAAGUUAAAAAUCAUGGUUUUUAAGAAAGCCUUUACCUUUCAGGAUUAACCUUAGACUAUUAAAACUGAAGAUUUAUAACACCCAAUUUUACUUAAUCAUUUGCAAAAACUUAUUUUACACCUAUUCCUUGUACUCUGAACUUCCUAGUGCUUGAAUAGUAAAAAUACAGUGAGAUUUACUUUUGGUUUUAGCCCACUUCAAUUUUGGGGCCUCAGACACUAGAGUAAUGCUGUAAUGUCUCAGUAAUGGUCCCAAAGAACUAACUCCCUUGAUAAUUUUGUCUUUUUCCCUAUGCCAAUAUUUUGUGAGUAAAUUUGACAGUAUCCCUUUAAAAUAAAAGCCUUCAAAUAUUUUAUGUAUAUAGUUUUUUCCUCCAUUUUUGCUGCAUUCCAAACUAAUGAUUUUUAUUUAAAAAUUAAUGAUUUUUAAUCAACGUAACUUUCAUCUGACACAUUUGGUAUGAUAUAUAAAAUGGCAGAUGGAUGGGUAACUUCACUGGCUCAAUCUUUAGAAAGUCAUUUCCUUUUGGUGGAGGAUUUCAUAGCUCUUCUGGAUUGGGAAUAAAGUCUACAAAAAUAUGUGCAGUGGAAGCUAUUUCGUAACUUCAGGUUCUUAUCUGCAAAAAGCCAACAAAAUGUCCUGUUCAGCUUCAGUUUUACUUGGGGUUUAGAUUGUUAACUGAAGUUUGGAAACAAACGCACAUGUGCCUGUCUACACGCUCAGGCACACUAUACUCUUAUUUACCAUAGGAGCAACGAACUGGAAGUGAAGUACUCCUUAAUUGUCAUAACUUUAGUACUCAUACAUCAUAAAGCUUAGAACAAAUCACUCUUUGUGUCUGUUUCCCAACCUAUGAAAUGAAUACUACUACCUCAUAUGGGUUUUAGGAUUAAUUAAGCUCAGUUUUAUGCAGCACUUCAAAGAAGUAAAGACUUUUAUAAGCACAGGAAUCAUCUGUCUCAGGAAAAUUCAUAACUAGUGCUUUCUGACACAAGUCUAGUGAAAUCUCUUUUGGUUGGAGGACAAAUGACACGGAAAACAGCUGAAAGCUUUGUAUACACGAUAACCUUUAUUUUAAAACCUUGUUGUUCUUGUACGCACAGUUAACAAUGCUGACUUUUGCAAUCAAGUUUUUUCCAAAGAGCUUGUAUUUCAUUUUGCCUAACACUGUCCACAUUAACCAGUUUUACAACAGUUUUUUUAAGUUUAUUGCACCUAAAUUGGACUUUGUAUUCAUGGUUUCAACUAAUUUUAAGAGAUUUCAAUAAAAAAAAAAGUGUUUCUGACUUGC